CACUAUGAGAAAUGGCUUCAUAUAAGUCAAAGAGCGGAUCAAAGAUAAAUGUUACAAAAGCAGCAGAAGAGUCCAGCGCAGCGGAAGAUUAUGUCACACCUGGGGGCUACGAGCUGGAGAAAAUCCUCAACCGUGGGAGCGUGGCUUACACUCAUGUCAACAAGGUCUGGCCUAACGUCUACAUCGGAGAUGAACAGACUGCGAAGGACAAGUUUACCCUGAAGGGGCUGGGUAUUACUCACAUUUUGAAUGCUGCAGAGGGAACGUGGAACAACGUGGACACUGGAGCGGAUUACUACAGGGACAUGGACGUUGUUUAUUAUGGCGUGGUGGCAGAAGACAUCCCAACUUUUGACCUCAGCCAGUAUUUCUUCUCUGCUGCAAAGUUCAUUAAGGAGACUCUAGAAAAUCCUCAGAAUAAACUGCUGGUGCAUUGUGUGAUGGGAAGAAGCAGAUCUGCCACUCUCUUUCUCGCCUACCUGAUGAUCUAUGAGAACAUGACAGUUGUGGACGCCAUCGAGCAUGUAAAAAGACAGAGACGGAUCAUCCCUAACUGGGGCUUCCUGAAGCAGCUGAGGGAGCUGGAUCAACAGCUCCUGGAGGGAAGAGGAGACUGAUUCUGCUCAAGUCUAAAAAAAAAAAUCUACUUCAAAAGUUAAAAGCAGAAAUCUGAAACAAGCUAGAGACAUAUUCUUACAUAAACUUUUUAAAGUAGGUUUUUCAUGUCCUUGAAUAUAACUAAGUUUCUAAAAACCAAAUCCUUGUACUGGAAUUAAAUAUUCACCAUAUGUGGCUAUGAAUUUAUUUUCACUGUUCUGGUCCAGAUAAGUUUAUUUUCUCCAAAUAAGUGGGAUCUAAGCUAUGCUUCUGAUUAAAGGAGAACAAUCAAGUACAUGGUCAAUCAUAAUUUAUUCUUAUGCUAAAAUUUACAGCAUUUUAAGUGACUGACAAAAGGAAAAAAAG